AGCAGUUCUGUGAGGUUGAGCUUAUUUUUCCAGCUGUUGGUAGGCGGGGUGCAAAGGAUACUUUAUCCGAUUUUAGAAUUUGUUGAGUCAGAGAAAGAGCUAGGAUAAUCGCCACAGGAAACAAAUUCGGUUUUGUGCCAGGAGGGAAAGUCUUGAAGACUGAGUGAAUUAAACUAUCUACCAAUCAGUACGUUAGCUGGAACCCUUGGGCUUGGGAUCAUUGACACACAGGGUUUGGGAGAAUCCUUGGAAUCCUUGAGAUUUGUAUGUCAGGUUCUGAAAUGGGCUGGGAAGGAGGACCAGAAAUACGCAAUUCAAAUGCCCUUUUAGGCUGGAGCAACUCCAGAGAGAAUGCACACGACCAGUCAGCCACCUCUUUUGGCCCAGCUGAACCAACCAGGGCCAUGGAUGUUCUAUGUUCUGGUUUGGAGCUCUUUCUUACACUACCAGUUGCUUUCUGAUUUUUUUUUUUUUUUUAAUACUGAGGAUUUGCUUUGUAGCUCAAAAUUCUUAUGGAAAGCUGUCUAUGAGAAGGCAUAGUGAAUGGGAUUUGGGGGAGCUGAGGAUGUAUCUCAGGGAUAGAGCGUCUGCUUAGCCUGUGGAGGCCCUGGGUUCCAUUCCUAAAACCAAAAAGCUUUUUUCUGAAUCUGUCAUGGUGGAAAUGGGAACAGAGCCUUGAAAUUUGAGGGCCAUGCAUCCUAGAUUCAGUGUUGGGGGUUAAGUUGAAUGAGUCUCAGAACUAAGUAUCAGGGGUUUCAUUCUCCUUUAUAGGGAUCCUGGAGCAGGUUUUGAGGAGAAAUGGGCACAUGGAUCAUAGUCUCAAAGACAAGUGUGAUGGGUGAAAGUGGAAGAACGGGGGUUUGGAUUACUGACUUCCUGGUGCCAUGGCAGAGAGAGUGCCUGGCCUUUGUGUACAGAUCUGAAAGGUGCAUGCAGAAGGUGACAGCACAUUGGCUGGAACCCUGAGCACUCUGGAAUGGCGGGAGCAGGCAGGCUCUUGUGGAACUUUCUGUGAUGUUGGAGCAGAUGUGGGAGCUGUGCAUAUUAAAUCAGACAUCACAGAACUGGAAACUAGGAAGGGAUUGACUGGCCAAGAAAAUGGUGAAGGAAAAGAUGAGCCCUCCCUUUCUUGAUUGAGAAGAAUGGGGGGGCAAUAUCUAUGGCUGGACAAUGGUGCGUGAUUAAUAUUUGAAUGGAAUUCUCGUUUUCAGAUCGGAGGGCAGGCACCUGCUGUCUCCAGCAGGCUGAGAAGAUCAGGCGGGGGAAGAGGGUGCUCUGAGAGGCAGGAAAGGUGGCUGAAGUGGAGCCAGGUGUUCUUCGUUCACCUGUCGCCCUCAGCUGUUCCCUUUUCCAAGGCUGAGAAGAAAGCCAAGGUAAUUGCAGUAAUGAACGCUGUGGAAGAAAACCAGGGCUCUGGGGAGUCACAGAAGGUGGAGGAGGCCAGCCCUCCCGCUGUGCAGCAGCCCACUGACCCUGCCUCCCCCACUGUGGCCACCACCCCUGAGCCUGUGGGGGCUGAUGCUGGGGACAAGAAUGCCACCAAAGCAGCUGAUGAUGAGCCAGAGUAUGAGGACGGCCGGGGCUUUGGCAUUGGGGAGCUGGUGUGGGGGAAACUGCGGGGCUUCUCCUGGUGGCCAGGCCGUAUUGUGUCCUGGUGGAUGACGGGCCGGAGCCGAGCAGCUGAAGGCACCCGCUGGGUCAUGUGGUUCGGAGACGGCAAGUUUUCGGUGGUGUGUGUGGAGAAGCUGAUGCCGCUGAGCUCCUUCUGCAGUGCGUUCCACCAGGCUACCUACAACAAGCAGCCCAUGUAUCGGAAGGCCAUCUACGAAGUGCUGCAGGUGGCCAGCAGCCGUGCAGGGAAGCUGUUCCCAGCCUGCCAUGACAAUGACGAGAGCGACACUGCUAAGGCCGUGGAGGUGCAGAACAAGCAGAUGAUCGAAUGGGCCCUCGGAGGGUUCCAGCCCUCUGGCCCCAAGGGCCUGGAGCCACCAGAAGAGGAGAAGAAUCCCUACAAGGAAGUUUAUACAGACAUGUGGGUUGAGCCUGAGGCGGCUGCUUAUGCACCACCUCCUCCAGCCAAAAAGCCACGGAAGAGCACAACUGAGAAGCCCAAAGUUAAGGAGAUUAUUGAUGAACGCACAAGAGAGCGGCUGGUGUACGAGGUGCGGCAGAAGUGCCGGAACAUCGAAGACAUUUGUAUAUCGUGUGGGAGCCUCAACGUCACCCUGGAGCACCCUCUCUUCAUUGGUGGAAUGUGCCAGAACUGCAAGAACUGCUUCCUGGAGUGUGCAUACCAAUACGAUGACGAUGGCUACCAGUCCUACUGCACCAUCUGCUGUGGGGGACGUGAGGUGCUCAUGUGCGGGAACAACAACUGCUGCAGGUGCUUCUGUGUGGAGUGCGUGGAUCUCUUGGUGGGGCCCGGGGCCGCCCAGGCAGCCAUAAAGGAAGACCCUUGGAACUGCUACAUGUGCGGGCACAGAGGCACCUACGGGCUGCUGCGCCGGCGGGAAGACUGGCCCUCCCGGCUCCAGAUGUUCUUCGCCAAUAACCACGACCAGGAGUUUGACCCUCCAAAGGUUUAUCCGCCUGUCCCAGCCGAGAAGAGGAAGCCCAUCCGGGUGCUAUCUCUCUUUGAUGGAAUCGCUACUGGGCUCCUGGUGCUGAAGGACCUGGGCAUCCAGGUGGACCGCUACAUUGCCUCAGAGGUGUGUGAAGACUCCAUUACAGUGGGCAUGGUGCGGCACCAGGGGAAGAUCAUGUACGUCGGGGACGUCCGCAGCGUCACGCAGAAGCACAUCCAGGAGUGGGGCCCAUUCGAUCUGGUGAUUGGGGGCAGUCCCUGCAAUGACCUCUCCAUCGUCAACCCUGCCCGAAAGGGACUCUACGAGGGCACUGGCCGGCUGUUCUUUGAGUUCUACCGCCUCCUGCAUGAUGCGCGGCCCAAGGAGGGAGAUGACCGCCCCUUCUUCUGGCUCUUUGAGAAUGUGGUGGCCAUGGGCGUUAGUGACAAGAGGGACAUCUCACGAUUUCUCGAGUCCAACCCUGUGAUGAUUGAUGCCAAAGAAGUGUCAGCUGCACACAGGGCCCGCUACUUCUGGGGUAACCUUCCCGGUAUGAACAGGCCACUGGCAUCCACUGUGAACGAUAAGCUGGAGCUGCAGGAGUGUCUGGAACAUGGCAGAAUAGCCAAGUUCAGCAAAGUGAGGACCAUUACUACCAGGUCAAACUCCAUAAAGCAGGGCAAAGACCAGCAUUUCCCCGUCUUCAUGAAUGAGAAAGAGGACAUCUUAUGGUGCACUGAAAUGGAAAGGGUGUUUGGCUUCCCUGUCCACUAUACCGACGUCUCCAACAUGAGCCGCUUGGCGAGGCAGAGACUGCUGGGCCGGUCCUGGAGCGUGCCAGUCAUCCGUCACCUCUUCGCUCCGCUGAAGGAAUAUUUUGCUUGUGUGUAAGGGACAUGGGGGCAAACUGAGGUAGUGACACAAAGUUAAACAAAAAACACAAACACAAUAAAACACCAAGAACAUGAGGAUGAAGAGAAGUAUCAGCACCCAGAAGAGAAAAAGGAAUUUAAAACAAAAACCACAGAGGCGGAAAUACCGGAGGGCUUUGCCUUGUGAAAAGGGUUGGACGUCAUCUCCUGAUUUUUCAAUGUCAAUCUUCAGUCCUAUUUAAAAAACAAAACCAAGCCCCCUCCCUACUCCCCCCCUUUUUGGGUCAAACCUUUUGUUUUCUACUCUUUCAGAGGGGUUUUCUGUUUGUUUGGGUUUUUGUUUCUUGCUGUGACUGAAACAAGAGUUAAUGCAGCAAAAAUCAGUAACAAACAAUAGUGAUACCUAGCAGAGGAGAGGCCAGAGAGAUGGAAAAGGAAACUCUAUAGAAAUCUAUAUAUUGGGUAUUUUUCUUUUUACUAUAUAUCUUUUUGUUGUUGUUGUCUCUAGCCUGAUCAGAUAGGAGCACAAGCAGGGGCAGAAAGUCAGACACUCGCUCGGUGGCCGCCCCCCACCCCGCCCAGCCUCCGAGCCGUCUUACCAGCACCAUUCCUGGUCAUACAGACAGAGCCCAACUAGCAGCAGGGAGGCGAGCUUUCCACACAGAUACUUUUCUACAGCAUUUCAGGUGCCUACCACACAGGAAACCUUGAAGAAAACCAGUUUCUAGAAGCCGCUGUUACCUCUUGUUUACAGUUUAUAUAUAUAUAUGAUAGAUAUGAGAUAUAUAUAUAAAAGGUACUGUUAACUACUGUACAACCUGACUUCAUAAUGGUGCUUUAAAACAGCGAGAUGAGUAAAAACAUCAGCUUCCACCUGGCCUUAUGUGCAAAGGGUUUUAACCAAGGAUGGGAAAAGGGAUUCAGCUCGGAGAUGCCGUGCUGUCUGGUGGGGUUUCCCCCUUGGUUCUUAAUAAGCUGCAAGAGGGGAGCUGGGGAGCUGAGCGUGGAGCUCAUCUGGGUUCAUGCAGUAACCUUUGAAAUCUCUUGAAAACGGAGACUCCCUUGGCAAGAUGCAGGGUAAGGAGACUUCAUUCCCGAUCUCUCCUGUUAGCAGAGUCGAGGGCUCCUUGUGGUGGGAUCAGAAAUAAUCCAGAGUGUGGGAAAGUGACAGUUACAAACCCCACCUGGAGCAAAUAAAAAAACAUACAAAACGUACUGGUGCUUUCCUGUCUAAGUCGCCUUUUGUGUGUUCUUUUAUGAGGCCCCACGAUCCUCCCCUCUGUGCACAAGGCGGCUCUGGGCCCCUGGAAUGUGAUGUUUUUGGUCAUCUCCAAAGGCUGCAGUUUUAUACUGGGAGGCUGAUGACACCUUUUAUUAUCAUUAUUCGUAGGGUUCUGGUUAUAAUUGUUUGUUUUGAGAUUUUCUUUCAGAAAACAAAAGCCCUUUAGGUUUCAAACCAAGGUGCGGAGAGCAGGGUGCUUCUAAGGCAGCAGUGGCUCUGGUGCCCUGGCUUCUCCCCUCGGGCCAGGUGGGCCACUGGGUGGCGCAGAGACAAGUUGGGUGGCCAGGGAGCCCCUCUUCUCUUCUUCUUCCCCUCCUCGUGAUCAGGUGUGUCAGGGCCGGGGAGGGGCUGGGGCAGCCCCUCUCCUUGUGUGUGUGGCUGGAGUGCUGUGUGUCUAUUUUCUAGUGUUCGGUCUGAUGAUAGCUGUGCUCUUCCUCGAGUCGGCAGCACCUAGGCCCCACGUGCUCGCACUUUGUUCUGCCUCCCACCAGGGCUGGCAGCCCGGCAGCCCUGCACUGGCGGUGAGGUGAUGGCACUGUUGGCUCGGGGCUGAGAGCCCGACGGGCAGAGCUUGCCCGGGUGGAUGGGGUGUAGAUAUGUGGCAUAUAGAGAUAUAUAUUUUAUAAUGGGAGGGGGGGCGGCACCUCCUGGGACCGGCAGAACUGGGAGGUGUGCCAUCAAGCACAUGGUCCCAAGUCCGCAUCCCUAGAAAGAUGGGGCCUACGAUAGGCGCUAUAUAAAUCCGUAGUUAGGGUCAUGUAUAAGAAAUAUUACACGGUGGGCUGGGGGGGGCCGGGCUCAGUGCUGAGCCCGGGUCCCCGCCGCAGACAGAGCCCCACACCAGUCAGUUCUCACAUGCACAGAAACCCGCUUCUGUUUGGACGCAUAGCGAGUGCACUCACACACCAGGGAGCCCCGGCUCCUCUCCCCAGAUUCAGGACUUUGUGGAGUCAGCCCGAGCAGCUCUUUACCUCUGUUGCCCUGAUUGCAGGCAGGCUGUCGAUCUCAGAAGUUGCUAGGUGCUGAAGGCAGGACGAGGAGGUUUGAUGGAGCAGGUGCUUCCUCUAGCAGGUCGUGUUCUAAGCCCCUUUCCCCCUGGUGAUGUCAAAGAUUCUUCUGUUAGCAACCUGUGAUUCCGACCUGCAACUUUAGGCACCAGUAAAGUCAGCCCUCCGCUCCCCCUACCUAUUCACCCAACCAAAAUCAAAUUGACAUCUCUGUCUGUCUUGGUUAUGGGGCUUCCAUUGGGAAAGAAAAAAGGCAAAACUGGGACUAAAGCUAACCUUUUGAAUAAAGCAAAUCAGUAAUUAGUAACAAAACUAAACCGAGGCUUUGAACCCCUUGCUCAUUGCUCAGAAGUAAGUGCACAGCUGGUGGCUUGUCUUGUUCCUUUUUGGGGCGUGUAGUCCUGGCCCCACUCUGCCGGCUUCCUUCAUGGGCGGAGUUGAAGGUCACACCCGCUUGCUCCCUGGCACUUUCCUGAUGUGGCAGGUGGUGGCUAGAUGCCCGGGACUGGAGCAACUAGAAGAGGGGAGACCCCACCCCCACCCCCAUGCUAAAUGUGUUGGCCCGUCCCCUCCUUGCCCGAGCAGAGCUUUAUUCUCGCCUGGAGUCCACCAGCACCGGUCCAGGAGGGCUGCGGGGAGGACGGCUGCUUCUGGCAGUCCAAGGUGCUCCCUCCCCCGCUGGCCAGCGCCGAGGUCUUCCCGGCUCGCAGCCGCAGGACAGUCUGGGCCACCACCUCCUAGUACUAUGGCUCUCCCAAGCUCUGUCCCCGGCUUAUGUGAAGGAGUUAGCUUUUCCCGAUGGCCCUAGCACCACCUUAGCUGGGCCUGGUGCUUCCCCCAGGGCUUGGUGCAGGGCCUGGGGAAGGCCUGUGGUUGCCAAGGGUGUGACAAGCCCAGCGCAGGCUGGCCAGCUUGCUCCGAGAGUGGAUGCUGGGCCCAGAGGCGGCCUUGUGGCUGGCUACCUAGCACCUGUUCCCCUCACUGUGGUGACCCCCAGAAUGGGUCCCAUAUAGGGACAGAAGCUAAUCACCAGCUUUUCUUCAGGCCGACCUGUGGGCUUGCUCUCACAGUUAAACUUGCUAGGAUGUAGAGGACUCUAGGGCUGCUGCGCCAUCUUGGCCAAGCUGGGUUGCUCUUCCUCCACCUCCACCGCUGUGGGGCGACUCCUGGGGACAGGUCUGGGGUGCCUUCUAAAGGGGAGCUCUGCCUCAUUAGCUGAGGUAAGGUCAUGGGAGCAGUAGGCAGGGAUUGCUGGGCUUGCUAUAGAUGAGGCCAACAGUAGAGGCAGUGGAGUGGGGAAAACCAAGAAAGUCAGUAGAGUCCUGGAGCAUUCCCUGUGGGUUUCCUUUCCAGAGAGGAGGUCUGUUUUGCCCUGGGGACCAAGGGUGACAUUUCCCUCCUGCAGGUGCCAAGUGGAACAUGGUGCCAAAGAGACCCACGGUCCUUGCCUGGGGGAGGCAGCUGGUGCUAGUGCCAGGGUCCCAGAGCCCCAGAGCCUUGGCCUCCUGCCGGAGGUGCUCACUCGAUCCCAGCAGGGUGUCAGGCUGGCUGGUGCUAACCCCUUCCCCGUGGGACCAACUGGCAAACUGUGCUUGGGGCCAGCAGGUGAGGGUCAGGGGUCUUACAUCUGCUGUCUGUCUUUCUAGACCCCAGAGCCUCCCUGCUAGUGAACAUCCUAUCAGAAAGCAGACUUCCCCAAAAAGCUCCUAGGACUUCUUAGCUUUCCGACAGGCCUGGGCGUGCUCGGCAGGCAGAGGCCCGUGUAGUUUUCUUGAGUGGCCGGCCAGGGUGUGGCCCAGACAGGCAAGCUCGGUGUGAAGGAGGGCAAGGCUGCCCAGCCUGCAGCCCAGGAUGCUCCAGUCACUCACUGCCUCCAGCAGCUGUGGAAGCAAUGAAGCUGAGCCAUCUGGGAGAUGCUCUUCCAGGAAAAGCAGUCACUAGUUUUCCUGUUGUUGAUUGUAGAAGUGUGCGCAGAGUGGGUCUUGACUUCCUGUUGCCGUUGUGCAUGGUGCAGCGUUGUGCUGCUAGUAUCUUUCGGAGCUGACCUUUCCUGGGAGCCUGCUAGCUGGGGCGUGCCCUGAAGAGGGCUGCUGGCUCGGUUUAGUCAGGGGACAGCAGAGCCACCCUGCCAGGGAGCUGAGUUUGUCAUCAGAUCUUGCUCUAGUCUGCCUGUGCCCAGUGCCAUGUCUAGAGCCCCCAGUUGUCCCCCUGGCAGGAAGCGCUGAACCCCCUGCCCCCAGCCUAGAGAAGGUAUUACAAAGAGAUGCCUCGAAGGGGCAGUGGCCCUUCUGGCCACUCAGGCGGCCAGGGGUUAACUUCAAGUCGCAGCAGCCUCCUGGCCAGGCCUUGUGCUGGGGUCGGGAAGGGCAUAGGUGGAUUGGAAGGAUGAACUCCACUGUUGCAGGGUGUGCUUUCGACCUUUAUGUUUUGGUAAAGGAAGGCUUUGGUCUUUGGAGGUGAGGAGCUCAUACCUGCUGCAUUCAGAGACCCAGAUUAAGGUGGCCCUCUGGUUGGGGACCUGUCUCUGGCCCCAGGCAGUGGUGUCGUGGCCGGUGAACGCAGGGAGGAGAACGGUGGAAGGCCCUGCGCUCGUGGGGACUUGCUAACUUCCGGAGGGGCCCCUGGACUCAAACUCCGGUAACUGGAAAACUCCCAGAUUUGCUCCUCCAAACCCCAGCUGGCAGCCUCAGCCUGUGCCUGACGACAUGAGCAGCGGUCUAAAGCGUCACUGUAGUCCCAUUUCAUUUACAGACCGAUUUGGUUGCAAAGCCCUAGAAUUCAACAGACAACAAAAAUGCUGAAAUUCCUUAGAAUACGCAGAGGGAGGAGGUGACUCAACAAGGUGCUAAAACAUUUUAUUAAAAAUAUAUAUUGUUAAAUUAAGUCUGCUGUCUGGACAAUGACUGUUUGUUUUGUUUUCUUGUAGUGGAGUUUAAAAGAGACUAUUAUUUUACUCUGAUAUAUUAUUAUUAAAAAGGCAUUUUAACUUUGUACUUGAAAACUAAGUGAGCGAUUUCACGUGUUUUAGCUGAGGCAUUGAAGUAGCGGGUGCUUACUUAUUUGUGGGAAAUCAUGUAUUCAUACUGAAGAAUAAACUCCGUAGCUGAUUUGGUAAUAACUUUACUGUUACAGACGAUUUCGCUUUGACCCGGGUGGCAGAGCACUUUUACUCCACAUUCCACGCAGCUAAACGCAGGACCUCCCGGACUUCCCUCCCCAGCCCUUUUUCCUUUCUCUUAAGUUCCUGUUGCCUUUUUUUUUUCUUCUUCUUCUUCUUCUUCUUCUCCUCCUCCUCCUUUUUGUUUGUUUUUCCUGGUUCCAGCAUCCUUUCACCACUGUAUUUUUUUUUUUAGGGUUGCUUCUCUAUUUAUUGACAAUAAUAAUGUACAUUUCACAGUCUGGUUUCGGGGACACCCAGGACCGUGCGUGGGGCUCCACAUGGCCCUGCCAUGCCCGCCUGGUGUUCUUUUGUAUCUCUGUGUACGUGAUGCUCGUGACAUAGCUGUUUAUGAAAUAAUUAAAGAGGUCAAUGCAUACAGCAGAUGUAGAAAGUCUGUCAGUUCCGCCUUCAUCACAUUUUUUUUUGUGCCCAGAAGAAUAUAAUAAAGCUCCUUUCUAAUGUACUUGUGCUGGAGAACACUUGAAUAAAUGGACUGUUUUUGUGCAAAAAGAAAAACGGAAAAA